UCCAAAAGGUCAAUAUAAAUUCUUGGGUCGAGUACAGCACUAUGUGGCGUGUUGUCCUACUCGUUGUUCUUAGUGCAACAUGGAUGUCUGUUCCGGCAUCUGCAGCCACAUGUCAGCCGACACCAAACCUCUCGAAUGGAUAUUAUACUACCAGUAUUAGCUCUUUUACAAAUGGUGGCACAGCGACUGCUCAUUGUUUUCCAGGAUACCAGGGAAAUAGACCAAAUUCUAUCACGUGUGUUAAUGGCACUUGGCCUAUGGUUGCUUCUUCUCUUCCAACUUGUACAUCAAUUACAUGUUCUGCAGCACCAACAAUCGCUAACGGCUAUCUUACUUUCAACAGUGGGAGUUUUAUGGAUGGAGGUUUAGCAACUGUCAGUUGUUUUCCAGGAUACAAUUUGACAGGAUCAGCUACAAUCAGUUGUAGAGGUGGCCAGUGGCCUAGUGGUGCUUUUCGUCCAACUUGUACACAAAUCACAUGUACACCACCUCUUACUUCUCCCGCCAAUGGUAAAAUAGGCAGCAGCUCAAAUGUCGUUGGUGGUGCAACCUACUUUACCUGUAACUCAGGAUAUACACUAGUGGGAAAAAGUUCAUCUGUGUGCACCACAUCUGGAUCAUGGUCACAACCAGCACCAACCUGCCAAGAAAUUAUGUGUUCUGGCUCAGUGACAGCACCUACAAAUGGUCAUGUGACCGGAAAUGGCAAUACAUUGUCAUCAGUACGUCAGUUCUCUUGUAUGGAAGGUUAUCAACUGAGUGGCGCAAGUUACACUAUAUGUCUGGCAGAUGGUACAUGGUCAACUGCUAAUCCAGUGUGCACACAAAUUAUGUGUUCUGGCUCAGUGACAGCACCGACAAAUGGUAAUGUGACCAGUGCUGGCAAUACAUUGUCAUUAGUACGUCAGUUCUCUUGCAUGGAUGGUUAUCAACUGAGUGGCACAAGUUACACUAUAUGUCAGGCGAAUGGUACAUGGUCAACUGCUAGUCCAGUGUGCACACAAAUCACAUGUACACCACCUCUUACUUCUCCCGCCAAUGGUAAAAUAGGCAGCAGCUCAAAUGUCGUUGGUGGUGCGACCUACUUCACGUGUAACUCAGGAUUUACACUAGUGGGCACAAGUGCAUCUGUGUGCACCACAUCUGGAUCAUGGUCACAACCAGCACCAACUUGCCAAGAAAUUAUGUGUUCUGGCUCAGUGACAGCACCGACAAAUGGUAAUGUGACCAGUGCUGGCAAUACAUUGUCAUCAGUACGUCAGUUCUCUUGCAUGGAUGGUUAUCAACUGAGUGGCACAAGUUACACUAUAUGUCAGGCGAAUGGUACAUGGUCAACUGCUAGUCCAGUGUGCACACAAAUCACAUGUACACCACCUCUUACUUCUCCCGCCAAUGGCAAAAUAGGCAGCAGCUCAAAUGUCGUUGGUGGUGCAACCUACUUCACGUGUAACUCAGGAUUUACACUAGUGGGCACAAGUGCAUCUGUGUGCACCACAUCUGGAUCAUGGUCACAACCAGCACCAACUUGCCAAGAAAUUAUGUGUUCUGGCUCAGUGACAGCACCGACAAAUGGUAAUGUGACCAGUGCUGGCAAUACAUUGUCAUCAGUACGUCAGUUCUCUUGCAUGGAUGGUUAUCAACUGGCAGGCACAAGUUACACUAUAUGUCAGGCGAAUGGUACAUGGUCAACUGCUAGUCCAGUGUGCACACAAAUCACAUGUACACCACCUCUUACUUCUCCCGCCAAUGGUAAAAUAGGCAGCAGCUCAAAUGUCGUUGGUGGUGCGACCUACUUGACGUGUAACUCAGGAUUUACACUAGUGGGCACAAGUGCAUCUGUGUGCACCACAUCUGGAUCAUGGUCACAACCAGCACCAACUUGCCAAGAAAUUAUGUGUUCUGGCUCAGUGACAGCACCGACAAAUGGUAAUGUAACCGGAAAUGGCAAUACAUUGUCAUCAGUACGUCAGUUCUCUUGCAUGGAAGGUUAUCAACUGAGUGGCACAAGUUACACGAUAUGUCUGGCAAAUGGUACAUGGUCAACUGCUAAUCCAGUGUGCACACACUUCACUUGUACACCACCUCUUACUUCUCCCGCCAAUGGUAAAAUAGGCAGCAGCUCAAAUGUCGUUGGUGGUGCGACCUACUUCACGUGUAACUCAGGAUUUACACUAGUGGGCACAAGUGCAUCUGUGUGCACCACAUCUGGAUCAUGGUCACAACCAGCACCAACUUGCCAAGAAAUUAUGUGUUCUGGCUCAGUGACAGCACCGACAAAUGGUAAUGUGACCAGUGCUGGCAAUACAUUGUCAUCAGUACGUCAGUUCUCUUGCAUGGAUGGUUAUCAACUGAGUGGCACAAGUUACACUAUAUGUCAGGCGAAUGGUACAUGGUCAACUGCUAGUCCAGUGUGCACACAAAUCACAUGUACACCACCUCUUACUUCUCCCGCCAAUGGUAAAAUAGGCAGCAGCUCAAAUGUCGUUGGUGGUGCGACCUACUUCACGUGUAACUCAGGAUUUACACUAGUGGGCACAGGUGCAUCUGUGUGCACCACAUCUGGAUCAUGGUCACAACCAGCACCAACUUGCCAAGAAAUUAUGUGUUCUGGCUCAGUGACAGCACCGACAAAUGGUAAUGUGACCAGUGCUGGCAAUACAUUGUCAUUAGUACGUCAGUUCUCUUGCAUGGAUGGUUAUCAACUGAGUGGCACAAGUUACACUAUAUGUCAGGCGAAUGGUACAUGGUCAACUGCUAGUCCAGUGUGCACACAAAUCACAUGUACACCACCUCUUACUUCUCCCGCCAAUGGUAAAAUAGGCAGCAGCUCAAAUGUCGUUGGUGGUGCGACCUACUUCACGUGUAACUCAGGAUUUACACUAGUGGGCACAAGUGCAUCUGUGUGCACCACAUCUGGAUCAUGGUCACAACCAGCACCAACUUGCCAAGAAAUUAUGUGUUCUGGCUCAGUGACAGCACCGACAAAUGGUAAUGUGACCAGUGCUGGCAAUACAUUGUCAUCAGUACGUCAGUUCUCUUGCAUGGAUGGUUAUCAACUGAGUGGCACAAGUUACACUAUAUGUCAGGCGAAUGGUACAUGGUCAACUGCUAGUCCAGUGUGCACACAAAUCACAUGUACACCACCUCUUACUUCUCCCGCUAAUGGUAAAAUAGGCAGCAGCUCAAAUGUCGUUGGUGGUGCGACCUCCUUCACGUGUAACUCAGGAUUUACACUAGUGGGCACAAGUGCAUCUGUGUGCACCACAUCUGGAUCAUGGUCACAACCAGCACCAACUUGCCAAGAAAUUAUGUGUUCUGGCUCAGUGACAGCACCGACAAAUGGUAAUGUGACCAGUGCUGGCAAUACAUUGUCAUCAGUACGUCAGUUCUCUUGCAUGGAAGGUUAUCAACUUAGUGGCACAAGUUACACUAUAUGUCAGGCGAAUGGUACAUGGUCAACUGCUAGUCCAGUGUGCACACUGAUAGGAUGCUUGCCGCUCGAUGCUCCCGGAAAUGGUUCCAUCGUAUCUAGCAGUCCUCUUCGGACGGAUUUCGCAUGCGACCAAGGAUUUGCCAUCAUAGGCGAUCCAUCUCCGAUGUGUUUGACUACGGCAUACAAUUGGACCUCUGGUACACCCACAUGUGCAGAACUGCCGGAAUGCCCUGACCUCACUGUGGAUAAUGCAGAUGUGUUAAGCGGCUCAAGCAAAGUGAACAGCACUCGUGUUGUCACUUGUACUCCAGGCUUUGAGAUGUUGGGUGACUCAAUGGUGGUCUGCCUUGACGAUGGCAAUUGGUCUAGCAUACCUAUCUGCUUCCAACCUGUGGAGUUCAAUCCCCUGAUGGUUACGAAUGGGAAAGUCUCUGAAGGACAGAACACUGUUGGCAGUAUUAGAACAGUGAUGUGCAAUGCUGACCAUAAACUCAGCGGCGAUAGGACAAUAGUCUGCUUGGAGGACGGCAGCUGGUCCAGCAGUUCAACGUGUAAAGAACCUGUGGAGUGCAAUCCCCUGAUGGUUACGAAUGGGAAAGUCUCUGAAGGACAGAACACUGUUGGCAGUAUUAGAACAGUGAUGUGCAAUGCUGACCAUAAACUCAGCGGCGAUAGGACAAUAGUCUGCUUGGAGGACGGCAGCUGGUCCAGCAGUUCAACGUGUAAAGCUACUGGUCCUCCUGUGGCACUCAUACCAUCGACGGAGAUCCAGGAACCUACUGCAGCCGCCUCAACAUUCUUGAGCCAGGGUGGCAGUGUGGCUCUGAUUGUUGUCAUCGCUGUCUUAUUUAUGAUGCUUUUGAUCGCCGUCAUCGCCAUCAUCCGGCUGCGGCGGGACUUCCCCGAGCAUCAUAAGCACGAGAGUCCCGUCAGCUACAACAACAAGAGAGAGAACGUGCAGAUUGCGACCCUCACUCACACGCCGCCGAUUCCAGAAAGCAACCUGUAUGCCACGUUGAACAAACCGCACAGCGCGACGCCUGCAGUCCAGAUGGAAGUUGCCUACACGGAUCUCACAUUUACCACCCCUCCAGCCGACUCUCCAGCUAACUCUCAGGUGUAACGAGGCGCUAUUCAAGCAUUGAUCUGAAUUUCAUUGACGUAGUGGCUCGUGUUUUUUUUAUUGAUCUGUUGCAUUCAUGAUAGAUUCCAUGUGAUAUGAGGUUGCGCAUACAUAAGCAGACCGAUAGGUCGUGCUUCCAUACAAUCAUAUUCUUGUACGUUCACUUGCUUUUUUUCUCCAUCCAUCAUCACCCCACAACUGCACUCUCCAGCCGACCUCGACACAUUGCCACAGCGCGCUAUCGGCAAAGCGACACAUCCGUGGGUUGUACAACCCGUACAACGCCGUAAUCUGCUACUUGCCCUUGUUUUUUAGUCACUUGCCUGGUCUUCUUUCCAGCUAUCUCAAUAAGAUUAUAAUUAUAGCUGUGAGUUGCCAUGAUGAUGAGACUUUUCUUCCAGCUUUUUUGCUUGCACCUUGGCUCCAGCUUGCAUUCAGAGUUGGAAAAUCAUAUAAAUGAAUGCGUGUGCCUUGAUUCGCUUUGAAACUAGACUUUUUUUAGAGGAAAUUGCUAUCAGAUUGUUUCUCGUUUGCAUCUUUCCCUCAAACCUGUGAAUAUGUUAUGCAUUGAGGUAGAUAUUUUUGUGCAGUGGAUUUCCUCUAAGUUCGUGUGCAAGCGUAAAUGUAACCCUUGCAUACUGAACCUUCUGGUUUUAGUUGCCAAGCUGAGGUGUAUUUUUCUCUUUGUUGUUGUAGAAGAAAAUCCCGGCUCCUACCGUUGGA